UGCAGACAUCCAGGGGGGCCUUGUGGGCGCAGCAGGCGGCACUGAAAUCCAGUCUCUCGGGCGGGGGGAGUCGACGGCCCCUCCUCCCAACGUGAGCCCUAAGCGGUAGCUUGCUGCUCAGCGCGUGCACCUAAAUCCAGCCCAGUUUCGAGCCUGCUGAGCUGGGCAUGCGGGGUCAUGUGAAUGGGCUUGUGGGUGGCUGUGGUUUUAAUGCCUGAUUGUCCAGAGCUUUUCCCAACGGCCUGUUGAGUUGUGAGGCCAAAUGUGUGUUUAUUGUACCUUCCCUGUUUUGAGUGCAGGAAAAGCACAAUUACUCGAAUAAACAACAGAGUCAUAAAGUCCCUUCCAUUAGCCUGCCUUGACCUCCUUGUGUUUUAGAGUUAUUUUGUUAGUGCCUGUUGGGUUUUCCCGUUGAUUACAUUCACCUAUCAUCUUUCUUUUUCAAUGGUGUCAGAGCCGAAGUGUGGCAAUUUCUCAGGAGGACACCAUGAGUCCACACUCCUUGCCACCUACGCCAUGUGCCCUUGGCUUUCCCCUCAAACCUUCCAAAAAGUCGCUGGACCUCAUGAACAGAAUGCCACACAAACUACCUACUGGUUGGCCUUCAGCAGCAGCAUAGCCCUGAUUCCCACCCUUCUGUCACAACCCUGCUGAAUCAAGCUGGAGGAUUUCAUUGAAUAUGAAGAAGCGCUUGGACACUGAGGCUGUGAUGGUGCUUCUGUUGAUCCUCUCUGCUUGUGUGGGGCUUUUCUUUGGGCUGCCCUCAAAGUCACAGUUGGUACAAGAGAAGCAUCAUGUCUACAAACAGGCGGCUGUGGCCACAGAUGCUGGGCAGUGCUCCAUCACUGGGAGAGAUAUCCUCCAAAAGGGAGGGUCCGCCGUGGAUGCUGCAAUUGCUGCUCUUCUCUGCCUGGGCCUGAUGAACCCCCACAGCAUGGGAAUUGGAGGAGGCCUCAUCUUCACCAUCUACACAGCUGAUGGGAGAGUGGAAGUCAUUAAUGCCAGAGAGGUGGCGCCCAAAGCUGCAUCCCGGGACAUGUUUGGCAGCAACAAGAACCUUUCCCAACAAGGCGGAUUGUCCAUUGCAGUCCCAGGAGAAAUCCGUGGCUAUGAGAUGGCACACCGGCGCCACGGCAGUCUGCCCUGGAAAGAGCUGUUCCUGCCCAGCAUCAAACUGGCAAGGGAAGGUUUCCCUGUCGGGAAAGGACUGGCAGGAGCCCUCAACUUCAGAAAGACAUCCAUUGAGAACAAUACGUCCUUGUGCGAGGUCUUCUGUAAAGAAGGGAGAGUCCUCCGUGAGGGGGAAACUCUCAAGCUGCCCAAACUAGCAGACACCUACGAGAUCUUGGCCAACGAGGGACCAGACGUCUUUUACAGUGGGAGCAUCGCUGAGCAAAUUGUCGCGGACAUCCAGAAUGCAGGGGGCAUCAUUACGCUGAAAGACCUGAGGGACUACCGGCCAGUUCUGAAGAAAAAACCCUUGAAAAUCACCCUUGGCAAGUACACCAUGUACACGCCCAGCGCCCCAACGAGUGGGCCGGUGCUGGCCCUCAUCCUCAACAUCUUGGAAGGAUUUAAUUUCUCCAGCAAGAGCCUCGAGACUCUGGAGGAGAAGGGCCUCACCUACCAUCGCAUUGUGGAGGCUUUCCGCUUUGCCUACGCGAAGAGGACGUUACUGGGGGACCCGAGAUUCAUCAGCAUCCACAAGGUGAUCAGAAGCAUGACAUCGGUGUCCUUUGCAGAGGCCCUGUGGGCCAAGAUCACCAAUGUCACGCACGAAACGAGCUACUAUGAGCCAGAAUACUACACACCGGAUAAUGCUGGUACAUCCCACCUCUCCAUUGUGGCUGACGAUGGCAGUGCUGUGUCCGCCACCAGCACCAUCAACCAAUACUUUGGCUCCGAGGUUCGUUCCACUGUGAAUGGGAUUAUAUUCAAUGAUGAGAUGGACGACUUCAGCUCUCCUCAGAUCAUCAAUGGCUUUGGGGUUCCCCCUUCCAAAGCAAACUUCAUUGCCCCAGGUAAACAGCCUUUCUCUUCCAUGUGCCCAUCUAUCCUGGUGGAUAAGAACAAUAAGGUCAGGAUGGUGGUUGGUGCUUCUGGAGGGACGAGAAUCACCACAGCUACAGCACUGACAAUCAUCAAUUCCCUUUGGUUCGGCUAUGAUGUUAAGACGGCUGUGGAAACACCCCGAGUCCAUAACCAGCUGUUUCCUGACGUUACUGUGCUGGAGCCAAAUGUGGAAAAGGAAAUAGAAGAGGAACUAAAGAGAAGGAAGCACAAGAUCAAAAGGAGCAUUCCAGGGUCGGUGGUACAGGCCAUUCUCUGGACAGAUGACGGCUGGGCCGCUGCUUCGGAUUCCCGGAAAGGAGGUUUCCCAGCAGGCUACUGAACUGGUUCCAAGUUGUUCGCACAAAUCAUGUGCUCCCUCGCAGCUCUGAUCGCCAGUUUUUGAGACCAGCAAGGCCACAUCACUGACACCGUCACAAGGAUGACAUGUGCUAUGAAGGGAGAUCUGUGUUCCUGAUGCGUCAGAAUUGUACCGUUACUGAUAAACUUGGAAGUGAUCGCCAACCCAUAACCACUGAUCUUUCCUGUCCUGUAAUAUCAAGAGCACUGGAGAAAACUGAAAGCCCUACCUUUUUCUGAGGAAAAUAAACCUCUAAAAUUGGA